GUGAACAAACCCAAACGUGUCACCACCAAAUACUCGCACUCUAUCCGGUAAAGUGCGCACUUUGGAGAAGUGUUUGAGCAUACAAGUGUGCGGAAACUGCAGCUCUUUGGAUAGUGCUUGUCACGUCACCGACUUGCAUGGCGCCGACCGGCCCUUUUUUAUGGGGCAGUUUUGCUGCUUGAAAUCAUUUUUAAACAGGAACGGGGAUUUUACCGAGCCUCGCCAGUGUUUUGCUUCAGUCCGCAAUGAAGUGCGGCUAGUACACUUCCGCUGAGGGCGCAUCGAUCGAGUGUGUAACAACGGCGGGAAAGGACUUGGGUGAAUUUGGACACACUACGCACUCGCAGCCCGAACGGAAGCGUGCGAUUGAGGCACGCAUGCAAGGGAAUCGCGAGGGUUUGGACAGGGCCCACGUCGUAGUGGAUUUGUAAAUAGGACACGGAAGCAAGGAUGACGACCGCAGCGCUAACUGCGGGUUUGGAGCGGAUUCCGGACCAGCUCGGCUAUCUGGUCAUCAGCGAGGACGGCGUUCUGGCCUCUUCAGGCGAGCUGGAAAAUGAUGAGCACACAGCUGGAGUGAUCAUGCAGAUGGUUCGCACGGCCAGUCGCUUCCGGUUGGCGGGAUCCGCCGAUGUGCCCUUCAAACGCAUUGAUCUUGGAGGAUUUUGUUUUCACCGUGACCGUUUCGGGUCAGAAGGUUUUUGUGGUCAAACGGCAGCACAACCAGCAGGACCCCAUCAGCGUGUAGCAUCACCAAGUCAACGCCAUGUCGUGUUCCAAUCAUUUUUGCUUGUUUGUCCAUCAAUAAAAUGUAGUAUUUGAUCACAUGA